ACAAUUUCCUUUUUUCAAUUACAAAUAGACAAAAACAAAAAUGACGAAUCAAAGCAAAGUCUAUAUCCUCUUCUCGAGACACAGUUCGAAUUUGAUUAAUCAAAGCAAAGUCGUGUCUGGUUUUUAGAUUUGCUUGAGAGAGAGAGAGAGAUGGAUAUACUUAUCGGGGAGACAGACAAUUACGAUGGCGUUACGGUGACCAUGAAUGAACCAAUGGAUGCUGAAGUUUUUAGCCAUAGGCUCAGGGCUUCUCUUUCCCAUUGGAGACAAGAGGGGAAGAGGGGGAUUUGGAUAAAGCUACCUCUUGGUUUAGCUAACCUUGUUGAAUCUGCAGUUAGUGAAGGGUUUAGAUAUCAUCACGCAGAGCCAGAGUACUUGAUGCUUGUCUCUUGGAUCUCUAACACCCCUGACACGAUCCCUGCCAAUGCUUCUCACAUUGUUGGUGUUGGUGCUCUUGUCCUCAACAAAUCCACUCGUGAGGUCCUCGUUGUCCAGGAAAAGAGCGGUUAUUUCAGAGACAAAAAUGUCUGGAAGCUCCCUACUGGUGUUAUCCACGAGGGUGAGGAUAUUUGCGAUGGAGUAGCUAGGGAAGUUGAAGAAGAAACUGGUAUUAUUGCAGAUUUUGUUGAAGUGUUGUCUUUCAGGCAAAGCCACAAAGCAUUCUUGAAACAGAAAACGGAUCUGUUUUUCCUGUGCGUCUUGGCUCCACGCUCCUACGAUAUCACUGAACAAAAAUCUGAGAUCUUGGAAGCUAAGUGGAUGCCGAUCAAAGAAUACGUAGAUCAGCCAUGGAACCAGAAGAAGGAGAUGUUCAAGAUCAUGGCUGAAAUCUGCGAGAAGAAAUGUGAUGAACAAUACGUCGGAUUCUCCGCUGUUGAAACUGUCACAGGAACUGGUAAAAAGAGCUUCGUCUACUGCAAUGCUGAUCACGCCAAGAACCUUAUAGCAGCGCGUGACCAAGCAUCAUCCUCUUCUCUCUGAAUCGCAUUCUCAUCGAAUCUCUGCAUUUGUCAAUUAUUGCGUGUAUCCUUUGUAUUUGUAUCUCAAAUAAAAAAAAACAAAACCAUCUUUCUGAGACAAUUGCUUCUUCCUUUUGGCAUUGUCUCAACCGGUUUUAAAUUCUCAACUUUUUAUUUUUCAUGGUUAUUUCUGGUUUAAUCCACUUUCGUUUGAUUA